AUGAGCGAUAACGAGGCGUCCGAGUCGGACAAGCGGGGGCGCGAAAGCGACGAUUCGGAAUCGGGCCUCGUGGGGCCAUCGCUGCCGGAAGCCGCACCGCCCAAAAAACGCAAAGUGUUGCCGUUCGAGCGGCUAUACUUGGACAAUUUGCCGUGCGCGGAGUCUUACGAGCGCAGCUACAUGCACCGCGACACCAUUACCCACUGCCUCGUGACGAACACGGAUUUCGUGAUCACCGCAAGUUGCGACGGCCACAUAAAGUUCUGGAAAAAAGUGGAGAUUGGUGUGGAGUUUGUAAAGCAUUUCCGCAGCCACUUGGGACCGAUCACGCGAAUAGCGGCGAACGCGGCGGGCAGUUUGAUGUGUUCCGCGAGUUUGGACAAGUCGCUCAAGAUUUUCGACGUCGUCAACUUCGACAUGAUCAACAUGAUGAAGCUGGAUUACGCGCCCGGCACGAUAGAGUGGAUCCACGGGCCAGGCGACGCCGUACACACGCUAGCGGUCGCGGACGUGGACAGUCCUACGAUUUACAUUUACGACGGCAGGAGUACGAACGUACCGCUCAAAGUGCUCGAGAAACUGCACUCGAACCCGGUGGUUUUAAUAAGAUACAACCACAAGUACGACGUAACUAUAUCAUCCGACAAAUCUGGCAUCUUGGAAUACUGGACUGGAAUUAAGCAGGACUGCGUAUUCCCCAAGAACGUCGCGUUCGAAUCUAAACUCGAUACCGACCUGUUCGAUUUCGCAAAGAACAAAACCGUGCCGUCGUCUCUGUGCUUCUCGCCGGACGGCAAAAAGUUCGCCUCCAUCUCUACGGACCGCAAAGUGAGGGUUUUCAAUUUUCUCACGGGCAAAUUGACCCGCGUGUUUGACGAAACGCUGCCGCGGUUCAUCGAGCUGCAGCAAAGGACGCAGCAGCUGCCCAACAUGGAGUUCGGUCGGCGGAUGGCCGCCGAACGAGAUUUGGAAAAGUCCGAGGCGUUCCACCUGGCCAACGUCGUGUUCGACCAGAGCGGCCAUUUUAUCAUGUACGCCACCCCGUUGGGAAUCAAGCUCAUCAAUUUGCGCACCAACAAGCUCGCGAAAAUCAUCGGCAAAAACGAAAAUUUGAGGUUAUUGAACAUCGCGCUGUAUCAAGGGUCCGCGAAGAAGGCCAAGGCGGCGGUGACGUUGGAAAUCGAGGCGUCCAAUAAUCCCACGCUCGACGCCAUCCAGCCGGACCCCACCCUGAUAUGCACCGCGUACAAAAAGUCCCGUUUCUACCUGUUUAGCAGGCGCGACCCGGACGAGCUGCAGGAGGACCAGGACCGCGACAUUUUCAACGAGAAACCGUCCAAGGAGGAGAGCUUCGCGGCGACCGAUAACCCCGCGGUGCAGCGUCUCUUCGAGACCGCCGUCAUACACACCGUGUUCGGCGACAUCCACGUCAAACUAUUCGUGAAAGAUUGUCCGAAAACUGUGGAGAAUUUCUGCGUGCACAGCAAAAACGGCUACUACAACGGUCACAUAUUCCACCGGGUGAUUAAGGGAUUCAUGAUUCAAACGGGCGAUCCCACCGGUAACGGUACGGGGGGCGAGAGCAUUUGGGGCGGCGAGUUUGAGGACGAGAUCAGACCGCACCUGCGCCACGACAGACCUUACACGGUGUCGAUGGCCAACGCGGGGCCCAACACCAACGGCAGUCAGUUUUUUAUCACCCUCACUCCCACUCCGUGGUUGGAUAACAAGCACACGAUUUUCGGACGGGUCGUCAAAGGCAUGGAAGUCGUCCAGAACAUCAGCAACGCGAAAACGAACGCCAAAACCGACAAACCCUUCGACGACAUACGCAUCAUCUCCGUCACCGUAAAAUAAAGCAUUUGUUU